AUUUCCACAAAUAGGACGGAAACGUUGGCAUUUCUUUCACUUUCGGUCUCGGUGACAACGGUCAUUGGGGAAGUCUCCCUAAUGGGAACAGUGACAGAGUUGGUUUCGUUUAUUUGUGUAAUAAAGGUGGAAAGGGGAGGGGACAAGUCUUCCAGAUAAGAGGCAAUAAGAAAAGUAGAGAUUACUUCAGAGCCUGGCAGGUGACAGACAUGGGGGGCCGUGGAAGGGGCAUGGAGCCUGACAACCGCACCAAGCAGUCCAGGGGCAGAGGAAGGGCCACUCCCAAGAGCAAUGAGGAGCCGGGUCCGGGCAGAGGAAGGGGAAUUGCCAAGUGUAAUGGAGAGCCGGGCAGAGGAAGGGGAGCCGCUAAAUGCAAUGGAGAGCCACCGGGCAGAGGAAGGGGAGCCGCUAAAUGCAAUGGAGAGCCACCGGGCAGAGGAAGGGGAGCCGCUAAAUGCAAUGGAGAGCCACCGGGCAGAGGAAGGGGAGCCGCUAAGUGUAAUGGAGAGCCACCGGGCCGAGGAAGGGGAGCCGCUAAGUGCAAUGAGGAACCGAGCAGAGGAAAGACAGAAGUUUCUGGAAGGGUUCAGGGACAAAGCAGCGCUAAAAAAGAGCCUCUGAGGAGAGCAGAGCAGAACACAGACCCGGGAGGGCACAAACCGUCCCAAGCCAAGCCGAAGGGAAAGGUGCCGCCACUGACCGCCCACAAUGGCAGGGCACUGAGACCCGUGGUGGAGAGGCUGAAGCUGAAAAUGAAUGACAUCUCACGUGCUGCAAUGAAAGUGAACCCGAUAGUAGACACCAUCAUACGUAAGGUGUCAAAGGAAGACCCUCUGUUCUCAUACAUGGAAUGGAUGUCUACCGGGAGCUAUUAUGAAAAAGUCAAGAUUUCUAGACCAAAUGAGUUUGAUAUCAUGUUGAAAAUACCAAUCUGUGAUGAUCAAAGAAUUGACUUGACAGAGUUUGGUGGAAGUGGAGCUUUCUAUACAUUAAGCUGUAAACGCAAUAUGGCAUACUUUAUGGAUAAAUAUGUAGACGAUGAUAGAAAAAUUUCUGCCAAAAUAAUUCUGACACAGUUCAGAAAGCUUGUUAAAGAAGCAAUAUCAGGAAUGCCAGUUUCUAUAAAGAGAAGUAGUGCAUCCAGCCCUGCGGUGACUCUCAUAAUUACGAAUAGACCAACAAACAUUGAGGUGGAUCUUGUGAUUGCCUUAGAAAUCAGGCAGAGCUGGCCAGCAAAGACAAGAAAUGGGAUGAAUAUAGACAGCUGGCUGGGAACAAAGGUCAAGAGAGAUUUCAAAUUCCUUCCAUUCUUUAUGGUGCCUAAGCAAUGCAAUGAAGGAAAUACAAUCGAAGAUACAUGGAGAAUUUCAUUUUCACACAUUGAAAAGGUAAUCAUGACAAACCACGGGAGCUCCAAAACUUGUUGUGAAGCUGAAGGAAACAAAUGUUGCAGGAAAAAAUGCCUUAAACUGCUGAAGCAUUUACUGGAACUUCUUAAAAAUGAUGGAAGACAUGGAAAAAAGCUGGACAAGUUCUGUUCGUAUUAUGCAAAGACUGCCUUGCUUCACCUAUGUGCAAAACAUCCUGGAGAUGAAGAAUGGAAACUAGAAGACCUAGAUAUGUGCUUUAACAGAUAUAUACAGUUUUUUCUGUCUUGUCUUGCAGAUUCGUGUCUACCAAAUUUUUUUAUACCAUCCCAUAAUCUCUUUAACCAGGACAGUGUUGAUUGCAAUUUGCUUUAUGAUCUAAUAGUUAAUGAAACAAAACACGGCUAUCCAUUGUUUAACUUGUAGAACCGGACCUUGGCUCUAAACAGUGACCAAGCUUUAGAUCUUGAGGGUCCCACUGCCAAUCCAUUGUGUCCCAACUGCAUGAAACAAUUAAGGACGAUACUUCUACCUCAAAGUGAAAAGCUGAAGGUUUUUGCAAGGUCAAUUUUGGCCAAAUAAGUCAAAACUUUCAAAACAUUUAACUUCACAGUUGAAAUAUAUAUUUUUUUACUGUUUUACCUGCCAAAAAUUUUGAGAUUCUGAAUUACAUAUAUUUUAAACACUGCAUAAUCAGACAACCUCUUUACUUCCUGCAUCACCUGUAUUUCUUGGGCAGGGAGCUGGCCUAGGAUGCAGAAGAGCUGGCCCUUACAGUAUAAGUUUACCUUUGGAAAAUGUUAUCCAUUUUUAGCGUGAAACAUGCAAUAUGUUCUAGCAUCUGCACCCCUCCCUGUGACAGCAGGCGGGGAUCUUCUUCCUCCACCAAUUGACACACUUUAAAAACAGGGCGGCCUCAUUCUUUUACAGUUUCCUGUGAAUGAAGAGCCUGAGAUUGCACACGUGAUCUACUGAUCGUGGAUGCAAUGCUCUGCAGGCUCCGAAAAUAUAAAUGAAUGCACAUUUUUUUUACUAGCAAAAAAAUGUGCAUUCAUGUUAUUGUUUUUUCAAAAGGUGAACUUAGCCUUUAAAACAAUAAAACCUGGAUGUUGCAGAGUGAUCUUACUCACAUUUAGAGGUUACAUAGUUAGUCAGGUUUAAAAAGUGCCACAUAUGCAAUUAGUUCAACCAAUAGAAAAAAAAAAAAAUUAACAAACUUACUAAAAACCUCCAUAUACAAAAACAACUAUACCCAGAGUUGAUCCAAAGGAAGGCAAAAACACUCAAAUCUUGAUCCAGUUUGCUUCAACAGGGAAAAAAUAUCCUUUGUUUUUCCAUAAAGCGAGUAGAUAUUUCCUGGAUUAAAAUUCUCUGGUGUUAUUACCUGUAAAUGUUGUUUCCACAUUUUUCCGUCUCUUCGUGCUGGUUCACAUCAAUGCACUUUGCGAGUUUGCAUGUGAUUUGCACCGCACUGCAGUGCAAAUCACAUGCAAUGUUCGUGCAAUGCAAUUUCAGCUAUACACAUUGUAUGGCUGAAUUUGCAUCGCAUUCGGUACAAACUUGCACAGGACCCUUUUUUUGGUUCGCACCAGAAACGGAUGCAUAGGUGUUCACACCCAUGCAAUCCAAUUCAUGUCCGAACUGUCAGUUUACAGUGCGAUAUGCGAAUGGGGGCGUUAUUAACAAUGUAUUGUUAAUGACACCCCUAUUAACAAUACACAAUUCUGUUUGAAGUAUUUUUGCUCAACGUUAGAGUAGCUGGUUUGGUCUCCCAGCGGAUCGCUAAGAGGCUAAACCAGCUCCCGGUCCAGGCAUCUGUGUGGAUCCCGACCAUCGUCAAUGGGGGGGAUCCUUUUACUCAGAAGGUUUUUGCCUUAAUGGAUAGCAUCCAUUAAGGUAAUAUAACAUUUAGGCUUUAGAACCACUAUAAGGAAUGGCCACCUCUAUAUGUACCAGCUCAAGGAUGUGAUUAUUGGGUGGGGCAUUUUUUAUUACAAUUGAAUAAACUAGACCUAUGUCCUUUUUUUAACUUUGUGAUCUGCACUUGGAGUACACAGAACCAAACAUUUAUUUAGGUAAACAAAAUCGACCAUUCAAUGUGCUGUCUGCAUCUAGGGACAGAAGCUAAUUUGUAUUUUUAUAUUGUCAUCUCUGAACUGGAAAAGGUACUUACAACUACAAGAUUUUAAUCAGAGUUCUUCUAUACCAUUUCAACCAACCUUCUAUUAGGGUCCAAUCUUUUUGUGAAAGAAAAAAAAAAUAGAAUCAGGUUUACUAUUUACAUUGCUGGGUAUUUGAUAAUAAUUUGUUAUUUUUAUUGUAAAAAGUAGCUGCUAUCUAGGCUUGGGGCACUAUAAUGCUGUUUAUAUCGGAAUAAACCAAUGCAUCAUAAACAUCAAUCUUCUUAUCUAGACACUGAUUUUCACAAUGUAUGUACAAAUCAAGCUAUAUGAAAUGCAAUAAAUCAUUCAACAAUUACAA